AUGGUUAAGGUGAUGGAUGAAUUCAUGGUUGGGGAUAAGCGGAACAACGCGGCUGAACAAAGCCUAGUCGCCUACAAAGCAGCUUCAGAUAUUGCCAAUGAACACCUCCCCCCUACAAACCCCAUCCGAUUGGGUUUAGCGUUGAACUUCUCUGUGUUCUACUACGAAAUUCUCAACACACCGGAGCGAGCAUGUCAUCUUGCCAACGAAGCAUUCCGUUGUGCUACUUGCGAGUUGGAUCAGCUUAACAAUGAUAGCUACAAAGAUUCCACUUUAAUCAUGCAAUUGUUGCGAGAUAAUCUAACCCUGUGGACAUCCGACAUGCCCUGCGAAGGUGAAACAUUGUCAGGUUCAAAAUAA